UGCAAUGUUUGUCAUUUUAGAAGUUCAAUCACAAUAACCUCUUAGAACUUUGAAUUUUAAAUAAAAAUAAAACAACGUUUAACAAAUGGUGUUUGGAUUAUGAAAUACCAUCACAAUGAUUCGUUCUUUAAGAUAUCUCAAUUUAACAGCACAUAAGGUCAGAAGAGUCGCACAAUGUAUACAAACAAGCCGAUUCCAUAUAUCUGCAGGUCUAAGACAUGGUGAAUAUGAAUGGCAGGAUCCCAAGUCUGAAGAUGAAGUGGUAAAUAUUGUGUAUGUUGAUAAAGAUGGUAAGAAAACCAAAGUUAGAGGUAAAGUAGGUGAUAAUGUAUUAUAUUUAGCACACAGACAUGGGAUUGAAAUGGAAGGAGCCUGUGAAGCUUCGCUAGCAUGUACUACUUGCCAUGUUUAUGUAAAUCAUGAUUACUGUGAUAAACUACCACCAUCUGAAGAGAAGGAAGAUGACCUAUUAGACAUGGCUCCAUUUUUGAAAGAAAAUUCUAGAUUGGGUUGCCAGAUAACCCUGACCAAAGACCUGGAAGGAAUGGAACUACAGUUACCAAAGGCCACCAGAAACUUCUAUGUAGAUGGACAUAAACCAACUCCACACUAGUUAAACAUAAAAUAAAACCAAGCCAGUAUGAGUCAUUAAAAAGCUAUAUUUGAAAAUCUAAAAUUGCUUUGCGCACCAAACCUAUUGUGAAAUUUUUGAAAGCAUGAUAAAAUUACAAAUUUUAUUAAUGUAUAUAGUAGUAGUAGGUAAGAAAGUUAUAUUGUAGUUAUAGCUUUAAGAUAAUAAAAAAGU